CAGGUUAUACCAAAAUUAGCAAAUUAUGCCAAGAUAAUAAUGCGGUAUAUAAUGUACUAUAUAUGCUUUUCAAACUGUUUCUACUAGUUACUGAAACGGACACUUUCGGGAUACGAUACACACAAAGCAGACAUAUGUCAACUAAGCAGAUGCAGUGAUCGUGCUAAUAAUGACGACGACGAUGAUGAUGAUUCGCCGGAAUGAUCCGAGAAAAUAGAAAAUAUUGAUGCAGCAUAUCAACGUGUGAUGAGUUGCUUCAUCAGACUUUAUCUGAUCUUUUCUUUUCUCGCUCCUCCCAAAAUUCACUUUCCCCUUGCCCUCAUAUUGAAAGACGGCGCUACAACUACUGCAAAAACACCACGCAACGAAAUAUGUCGCAAUCGUACCACGAUCUCCUUGUACUCUUUGGAUCUGAGACCGGUUCUGCUGAAGAUGUCGCGGAGCGCAUCGGUAGACAAGCUCGCCGUCGACGAUUUCGUGCACGCGUGAUCGCCAUGGACGAUUACGACAAGAAUCAACUCAUUGAGGAAAAACUGGUGAUCUUUGUCUGUUCAACAACAGGCCAAGGUGACGAACCAUACAACAUGAAGAAAUUUUGGCGCUUUUUGUUGCGCAAAAACCUCCCACGAGACAUAUUGUCGAGCUUGGAUUGUGCCGUCUUUGGUUUGGGUGAUUCUUCCUAUGCAAAAUUCAACUACCCCGCGAAGAAGCUGUAUAAACGAUUGCAACAGCUUGGUGCUCGUAUGAUCCAUACCCGUGGCGAUGGUGAUGAUCAGCAUUAUCUCGGAUUGGAUGGCGCGCUGGAUCCUUGGUUGGAAGCAGUAUGGGCAGAAAUCAUGGAGAAAUACCCGCUUCCUCCUGGAGUAGAAGCGAUUCCAGAAGACAUAUUAUUAUCGCCUAGCUUACGCGUAGAGCUCUUGUCAAAUGAAAAUGGAAACUCCACGACAACGACUGAACAACAUACCGCAGUAAACACCGCCGAAGACGAGUUCAAUGUUGUAGUCAAAAGCAACGAACGGAUCACGGACACAAAGCAUUUUCAAGAUGUCCGACACCUUGUGCUCAAGCUCGAUUCCGAUGAAGCAAAAUAUGAGCCAGGAGAUAUUGCUACGUUUACACCGCAAAACAUCCCUGCCGAAGUGGAUUUGUUUUUGGAACAAAUGGAAUGGUCUGCUUUAGCUGACAGAUUGAUCCGUGUUCAUCAAGUAUCCGAGGAUCGCAAGGUACCGCACCACUGGCCAUAUGUCAUGACGUUCCGUGAGCUUUUUACAAAAUACCUCGAUAUUUUUGGUGUGCCACGACGUUCGUUCUUCGAGAUGCUGGCUCAUUUCACAGCAGACGAGCUGCAGACGGAGCGCCUACGUGAAUUUGCAUCUGCAGAGGGACAGGACGACAUGUUUGCCUAUUGUCAACGUCCUCGACGUACCGUAGCCGAAGUUUUGUUUGACUUUAAAUCAGCUACUAUUCCCCUAGAAUAUAUCUUGGAUGUAUUCCCCCUCAUCCGUCCUCGAUCAUUCUCUAUCGCUUCAAGUCUAAAGGCACAUCCUGGCGAAAUAGACCUUUGCAUCGCCAUUGUAAAAUACAAGACAAAGCUGAAGAUAAUCCGACGAGGUGUAUGUACAAAAUGGGUUUCCCAAUUAAACGCAGGUGAUACGAUUGAACGGGUACGAAUCACCAAAGGCACGAUGAAGCUUCCGCCUUCCCCGGAUACUCCUCUCAUUGCUAUUGGACCAGGAACGGGUGUGGCUCCUAUGCGUGCUUUCCUAGAACAGCGUAUGGUGGAUGGUGCUAAAGAAAACGUACUUGUUUUUGGUUGCCGAUAUCACGAUAAGGAUUACCAUUAUCGCAAACAAUGGGAGGAAUACGAAUCGCAAGGUUGUUUGAAGGUCCUUGCUGCCUUCUCAAGAGAUCAGGAUCAAAAACUAUAUGUACAGGACCGCAUACGUCAAGAAGGCAGUAUGCUAUGGGACCUUAUUGAGAAUAAGCAGGCCAAAAUCGUAUUGUCAGGAUCGGCAGGCAAGAUGCCUGAACAGGUUGCGUUCGCAUUGAAACAAGUGUUUAUGCAACAUGGAGGUUUGGAUGCCGGACAAGCUGAAAAUUACUUUAGCACUAUGAGCAAAACCGGCCAAUAUCAAGAAGAGUGCUGGAGUUAAUAAUGGCAACAACAAUACAUCGGACGUCAUAAACGACAAAUAUAUAUAUCAUAGAUUCUAUAUAUAAAAUUACUUUUAUUUGUACAUCAAGGCGAAAAAUAAAUGAAAAAUUAGGUGGAUCGAAUCGUCUCAG